UAAAAUUUUUCGAAUUAAAAACAGAUUUUUCGAAUGUUAUAUGUUAUCUUAGAGCUUUCUAUACUAUAGAAAUGGGAGAAAAUCAAACAAAACAUGCUGUCAAUUUUGAUAUUUUGGCAAAACAAACACACUUUCAUAAGAAACUACUGCUACAAUGGUACGAUGAUUUUAUGACACUGUGUCCUUCUGGAGGAAUGACAAAAGCCAAAUUUCAGCUUACUUUUAGCGAAUUUUUUCCAACUGAAGAUUCUUUUCAGUUAUUAGAUCACAUUUUUAAUGUCUUCAGCGAAUCCAAGAAUGGAUUAAUCAAUUUUUUGGAUUUUGUAAGAAUUGUUCGUAUUACUAGCAAUGGAACUCCUGAAGAAAAACUAGAUUGUACUGGCAUUUAAACUAUACGACAUCAACAACGAUGGGAUAAUUAGCAAAGAGGACAUGUUGAAUGUAGUGAAAGGGAUUUAUCGUUGGAGAGAAGCCAACGAACGACAGUAUAAGAAAAAAG